ACCUUCAAAUCUUGGCAAGUUGUAAAUAUGUGUAUAAUUUGUAUCAAAACUGCAACUAAAAAUAAAAUUUGUAAAGUAUAACGAUCUACCAUGACUUUGUCGUUGUGGUGGUUAUUCACUUAUUACUUCCGCCCCAUAAUAAAGUGGUUUCUAAGGAAGACAACAGGCCUAUGUGAGCUACAGAGAAUAUGCUAUGGAGAAGUCAGUGGUGCCCCUCGGAUCAAGGCUGUGGAAAAUUCACUGUCACUGUCUAGAUCGCAGCAGAUCAAACAACUUAUGCUACACUUGAAUGACAUAUCGGACAAUAGACGUUUCACAGGAGCAAACGAAAGAGAAAUACUGAGAGGGGCGGUGAGUACGGUGCUAUUAGUGAAAAAGGUUAACCCUAAAGUGCACUUUCAAUUCGUGAAAAGCUUGGGUAAGUGCGUGGAACAGAUAUGGGGGUACAGACAGCUUAUAGCUGAAGUGGAGGAGCUGCGAAGGACUGCCUUUGACAGCGAUGACUUUGAACAUGAGAGGAAGUUGUACGAUUUGUGGGAUAAUCUUAUGCCUAACGAAAAACUGGAAGGCCGCAUAACAAAACAAUGGCAGGACAUCGGUUUCCAAGGCGACGAUCCGAAAACGGACUUUCGUGGCAUGGGCAUGCUGGGAUUAGAGAAUUUACUGUUCUUCGCUACAGAAUUCAAGGCACCUGCCCAGCACGUCCUCUCACAUUCCCACCACCCAGUAUACGGCUACUGCUUUGCUAUUGUGGGCAUCAAUCUGACGAGCUUGGCUUGGCAAAUGCUGAAAGACGGCAGUGCAAAAACGUACGUGUACAACACAUCCAAAAGCUUGCCGUCGAUAAGACUCUUUCACCAGUUUUACAGUUAUUUGUUCUACGAGUUUGACAGGUUCUGGUUGGAGUGCAAACCCAGGGAUAUAAUGGAAUUCUCGUCGAUAAAAGAUCGCUUCGAGAACAACAUAAGGAUGAGUCUGCAGGAUCCCACUACGACAUUCAGGAUCGGUGUGACGGUAGACAACAUUUGAUUGCUCACAUAGUAUAGAAUUAUUUAUUUUUUAUUUAAGGCGUGUUUAACGAUCAGGGAGACGAAGGAUUUUUCCGUACUAAUACUCGAAAUUUUAAACGCAAUUAUUACGGAUAGUUUUAUUAUUUGUGAUUUAGAUGUGGUUUUGUAUGUUUAUAAUGUAUUUUUAUUAGGUAAUUAUAUUAAAUAGUAAUGAUUCUUUUUACAGUUCUAUGUCGAGGACUGAAGAAUUUAAUAUGUGCACUUUUGUCUUAGUAGGAUUCUCCUCUCAAUAAGUCGAAAGUCAAGAAUGUUUCGUUAAAAAAAUAUUGAUAUUGCACUAAAAUUAAUGUCUCGUGGCUUAAAAUUAUUUUAAAGGGAGAGUAAACUAAA